AUGACAUCACCUUUUACCGACUAUUGCAUCUAUUGUGAUCAGCUAAUUUCUACUAAUGAAAAUGUUUUGUAUUACACACGUACAAGUUCUGAAAUCGAGAAGUUUCAUAAACAAUUGUAUUGCUCAGAGAAAUGUAAAUUUAGUGAUGAACAUAUGAAAUUAGCACCCUUUAAGAAUCAAGAAAUCGAUAAAGAAUACCAAAAUAUGGAUAGUUAUAAUAGAGUAGAAAAUAUUAUAGAAAUCGAAAAUAUUACUGAGAACAGUUCUAUAUUUGAUAAGUACUCAUACCGGAAAGAUUUCAAUAUUGAUUCCAGUGAGAGCCGAGGAGCUGACCUUGAAACCCUCCUAACAUCCCCACUACUUGUACCAUCCAACAAAAUACCUGAAUAUACGAAUAAUAAUAAUAAUAAUAAUAAUAGUUCUCUAAGUUGUACCAUCACAAAUAAGGUCUUCUUUUCCGAACUAAAGUCGACUUAUAGCUAUAUACAUUUUGACGAGAGUCCUAGGAUGACAAAUUUUUUGAAUGAUGUAUAUGGUAGUAUAAAAAAUCAAUCAGAAUAUAUUGCUGAAAAUAACUAUUCCAUAUGGUUAAGUGAAAUCAACGAAUAA